UCAUACAUUUAGUGUAUGACGGAACAUCGUCGAUGUGGCUGGUUCUUACGCAAUUCAAAGAUGACUCCUUGGGGUUUAAUUGGGCGAGUUCAAGUUGCUGAGGAAUCUCAACAUAUCGGCUUUGGUUAUUACGCCCGUGAAGUCCGUGUGGUAACUCUGAAGGCAGUUGACAUCAAUGUUACAGUACGCGGAUUUGCUGCGAGAGUAGAGGCAUCUCUGACAUACCACAAUGCCACAGAUAAUGCUCUUGAGCUUGAGUUCAGGAUGCCAGUUGAUGAAGGUGCUGCUGUGUACAAGUUUGAAGCAGUCAUUGAUGGCCGGAAGAUCUCGGCACAGUGCUUGGAAAAGAAAAAGGCUGAACAAAUUUACAAGGAUGCUGUCCAGUCUGGCCAUACUGCAGUUCUAGCCAGGGAGGAUGCUCUGACUGCAGAUGUAUUUCACUUGGCUUUAGGGAAUCUCCCAGGAGGUUCUCAAGCUGAACUGCAGUUGAGUAUGAUGAUGGAACUAAAAGUCAAGACUGAUGGAGCUGUGAGUUUCACUUUGCCAACUGUUCUUAAUCCUCGAUACUGUCCUGGUGACAUUUCUCCCAACCAGCAUACAGAGAGUGUUGCACAAACUGGCAACCCUGAAACAGUCAUUGUGUCUGAAGCCUAUACGUUUGGCAUGAAUGCUAAGGUUCAAGGGGGACAUACUAUAGCUCGCAUAACCUCACACCGUGAGUCCUUGAAUGUGAAAUUAAGUGACGACAGUAUGUCUGCAGAGGUGACUCAAGACAGUGAAGGAUUUAAGCCAGAUCAUGACUGGAGCAUGUUGAUAUACUAUGCCAAUCCAUACAAAACUCACAUCAUUCGAGAAUCAGGAGAACGAGCUGGUACUGGCCUCAUGAAGGAUGAUCUUGUCAUGGUCAAUUUACACCCAGAAUUCCCAGAAGAAAGUUACUCUCACAGAAACGAGAUUUUAUUUGUUGUAGAUCGCUCAGGAAGCAUGGAAGGAGAUAGCAUACAAAGUGCACGCGCCACACUUCUCUUGUUCCUGAAGAGUCUUCCUACAGGAUGUUACUUUAAUGUUAUAAGUUUUGGAAGCACAUAUUCUCUACUGUUCCCAGAUGGGAGCCAGGAAUACACAGAGGAAACACUGAAGAAGGCACUAGAACUUCAUUCUACAAUACAAGCUGAUAUGGGGGGCACAGAAAUUUUGCAGCCUAUUAAGCAGAUUUAUUCUACACCUCCUAAACCUGGAUAUGCAAGGCAGGUUAUUCUGUUAACUGAUGGGCAAGUAUUCAACGUAGAUCAAGUGAAAGAACUAGUAAGUUGCCAUGCCCACGAAACCAGGGUAUUUGCAGUGGGUAUUGGCCAUGGUGCUUCAACAGCUUUGGUUUAUGGCUUGGCCAGGGCUGGUCGAGGUCAUGCUGAGAUGGUAUAUCAACAAGACAAGCUACAACUCAAGGUGAUGGGGUUAGUGAGAUCGAUGCUACAAGAAUCUGCGCAGGAUGUGAAGAUCAGUUUUGAUGUGGAUCCUCCUGGAGGAAUUAAAUUAAUUCCCAAAAAUCCACCAAUAAUAUUUGGUGGUCAACAUCUCAUUAUGUAUGUACGGGUGCCUACAUCAACAGAGGUAAAAAGUAUUACUGUCAGUGGUGUAGUUGGCAAUGCUGAGUUCAAGAAUUGCUAUAAUGGAUCUGAUAUUGUCACUAUCCACGAUGAAGAGAAGACCUUACAUCGAUUAGCUGCACGAGCUCAAAUUAAUGAAUGGCAGAUUGAUAAUGAAGAAGAUGUAGCUGAAGACAUGAUUGCUUUAAGUUUGGCAACCGGAGUAGUAUGCAGAAGGACAGCUUUAGUUGGUGUAGAUCAAGAUAUGAAACCUGUUGGACAUAAUUCAGAGGCAGCACCACCAAUGUCUGCUUUCUUGCAGGCAGCACCAUCAAUGCCUGCUCAACUUUUUAGUGCUGGUAGUGUUCAAUUUGGCUCAAUGGCACCACCACCAAUGUCUAAACAGGCACCAAGAAUGCGGGGUGGAUUGUCAUUUGGCUCAAUGCCAAAUGCAGUACCUGCUCAACCUUGUAGCCGUGGAUUUUCAUUUGGCUUUGGUUCAACGGUUGGUUCAACGGGGGCAGCACCACCACCACCGCCAAUACAGCCAUCAAUAAUGCGGGAUGGAUUGUCAUUUGGCUCAAUGCCAAAUGCAGUACCUGCUCAACCUUGUAGCGGUGGAUUUUCAUUUGGCUUUGGUUCAACGGUUGGUUCAACGGCAGCAGACAUGGAUAUGGAUGAGGAUGAGAAUGGGGAUUUGGGUGCGGCAGCAGAAUCUGUGAGAGGGGGACAUUCUCCAGUGGAUUAUGGGAAAGAUCUUAUGGCUGUGGUUAGUCUUCAGAAGUUUGAUGGAUCCUGGACCCUGGAAGAUGUGGUGAAGAUCACAUCACUGCCUCGCUCGCUUCUUGAUGGUGCAACUACGUACAAGAAUGAAACAUCCUGGGCCACUUCUGUGGUUCUUGCCUUUUUGGAGGUGAAAUACUCUGCUGAAAAAGAUGAGUGGGCGUUGCUGGCCAAUAAAGCUCGGAUGUUCAUUGCAAGAUGUGGUGACGAUGUAGAAGCUCUUAUGGUGGCAGCUAGAAAAGUCUUGGCUGAGAACUGAAAACACUUUUCAGGCACAUUUUUUCCAUAUAUACGCAGUAUAUUCCUGUAUUUGUAGAUAUGUUUCUUGUUUGAUUUGUUUGAAUAAUUACAAAUUUUUCUAGAUUACCAUAUAUUAUUUUGAUGUACUACUAUAGUAUGUGAAUAGAUAAUAAAGUAAGUUUUCUAUGCU